UGUUGUGUUGCCAUAGUCUCCGAAGUUUGCUUUUAAAGCUCACUCACAGAACUGGCUUAUACAGCUUAGUUAGAAAAGUCAAGCAUCCAGACAUUUGAAGGACUAUUUGCACAUUAAGGUGACAUUUUCUAUUUUAAAAUUUCUCAAAAAAUUAAGAUGAAAAAGGAAACAAGAAAAGUUACGACUGAGGCAGAUAAGAAAGAUCCAGGAGAUCAAAAUUGUAAGACCAGAAUGACAAAAGAAAGGCCAGUCCUGAAAAAAAAGACCCCCAUAAAAAGAAGGAGGGUCAGUGAGCAGGCUGGUCCUUCCACCAGCUCAGAUGCUCAUGUGGUCAAAGGAGUCAAGCGCAAGGUCCAACAAGAUGAAGCGGGGACAACCAAUACAGCAAAAAAGUGUAAACUUCUUGACCAUAUGAGCGGUGACAAGGGGCAAGCAUCUUCCUGGUUGGACACUGGUAAAGACUGCAGCAUAGACAUUUCAGAGAGCUGCAGUAAAAACCAAAACGCUGGCAAAAGGAAAGCUGCGGGAGACAGGAGGGACCCACCUAAGAAGAAGAACGUGGACCAGGACAAAACCAAAAAUGUUGCCAAAAAGUCAGUGGCCGAACAGAAACGUGACUUCCAAGCGAGAUACGUGGAGGAGCACCGGCUUGGAGAAGGAGGCUGCGGAGCAGUGUUUGCUGGCUACCGCAUAAAAGAUCAUUUUCCAGUGGCCAUCAAACACAUCCCAAAGGGGAAAGUGUACUGCAAAGUGACGGAUGAAAACGGGAAGCAUCUGUCAGUGGAAGUUGCCAUCAUGCUGAAGCUUGCAGCUGAAGCAGAUGGAUCAGUGGGAACAUCAGCCCCAGUGUCUCUGCUGGAGUGGUUUGACUUUGGCAGAGAGCUGAUCCUGGUGAUGGAGAGACCUGUCCCCGCUGUGGACCUGGAUAAAUACAUAGAAGAAAAUGGAGGAUUUUUACCAGAGGACAAGGCCAAGGUCAUUCUGAAGCAGCUGGUUGAUGCUGCGAAGCACCUGGAGGAUAAACACAUCUUUCACCGGGACAUCAAGAGUGAGAACAUUCUAAUUGAGACCGGCUCAGAUGUACCGCGUGUUCGUAUCAUCGACUUUGGACUGAGCUGCUUUGUUAAGGAGCGGUCGCUGUACCGCGUCUUUUAUGGUACAGACAUUUACCCUCCCGAGUGGUACAGGCAAGGUUGCUACAGGUGUGGACCCACCACGGUAUGGCAAAUGGGAGUGGUUCUCGCCUGA